AUGAACAACGAGUCGCUUGCACAGGUUCUUGCCCGGGGAGAAGAAUCUCAGGAAACUCGCCUAUCUUGGCAGUGCACCAAGUGUAACCGUAUCUUUCUUCAGAAGAAUAUUGCGCGGUUGCAUCUUCGCGUCAGACACAAUCUCAAGCCAUCUGCAAGUUCUCGUGCUGAGGUGCAGUUGAACGCUCCAUCGUACCUUUGCCUCGCACUACAGUGUACGGUGUGUAUGAGAGCAUUAAAAAGCAUAUCAAAGCGUACCACUGGCAUUCUAGCAGGAAGAGCGUAUGCCCUAGGCAGUUUGCAGGAGGACGCCGCUGGCAGAAGCUACCAGGUUCUAGAAGGCCUUAUCGAUGAUCGCGAUGAUCCAUCUCUGUCUCCUCUUAUCAACUACCUCAUCCAUGCUGCACGGCAUCGCCAUCCAAUAUUGAAUUCCGCGUCUACACUGGGCGGCGCUGAUCCAGAACUCAUGUCUGCGCUGACCAGUGACGAGGAGCACAUCGUUGGGCUCCUUAGGACCAUGCCGGAUACAGACAAGAGCAGCAUUGUGGGCCUCCGCGGCCUCCCUGCAGCCGACCUAUUGAACCUUCUCGAUCUGCCACCUGAAGAGCAAGGCAACCCAGAUCCUGCAUCCUAA